GAUUAGUCGAGCCUCCAUGCACCCCUCAGUCGUCGCAUCACUGCAGCCUCGCCCGCGCAGGUGACUCUCCUUCGCAGUUUCACCUGAAGAAUCGUCACACAGAGCAGGAUGGAGACGAGGACGCAAACGAAUCGCCUUCAUCCCGCUGCUUUGAGGAGCUGUUCUGCACCAGAGAGGCCCCAGUACCGCUGGCCCCUGGCGGACGCUUUAAUGGCCGCCUCAGGGCCGCAGGGUGGCGUGGUGAAAGAAGGUUAUCUGGGGAAGAUGGAGCUGAGCCACAGGAGGUAUUUCGUCCUGCGAACGGGAAGUCACACUGGUCUGAGCAGACUGGAGUGGUACAAGAACCAGGAGAAGUUCACUGCAAUGGAGAAGUCGGCUGGGAAGGCCGCUCUGCUUGGAACCAGCAAGAAAGGGGUCAUUUACCUGCGUUGCUGCCUUGGUGUGAGUCGGAGUGGCAGUUCCGGAAAAGGCCACACGGUGGCACUGUAUGACAAGGAUCAGAGUCUGGUGCUGGUGAUGGAGGAGCAGCAGGAGCAGGAGGAUUGGUACCUGGCCAUAAAGAGGCUGUUGGAGGAAGAGCAGAGAGAUGAGGAGCAUGAGGAAGGGUUUGAUGAAGACGAUGACGGGUAUUGCACUCUGCCGCCUGCAGCGUUCUUCAAAGAGGUUUGGCCCGUCAUGGUGAAGCCCCGAGGACUGGGCUCCUCCAAACCGUUCACAGGGGAGAACCGACUCUGCCUCACAGCAUCGACACUCGUUCUGGUCCGGCGGGGGUCCAGUAAUGACUUGCCGUCAGUUACGAUACCCUUGCUGAGUGUUCGGCGCUUUGGACACCUGGAUGGCUUUUUCUUUUUGGAGCUGGGCAGGUCGGCGCCUCAUGGUCCUGGAGAAAUCUGGAUGGAGGCUCGAGAGGAAGGAAAACCAGUUCUGGCCCAACACAUCCACGAGUCGGUUCGGGAGACCGUGAGAUCCCUACGAGCUCUUCCAGACUUCAGCAGAUCUCUAACAUCCAGUCCCAAUCAGCAGCCGGGCCUUCUGGCCUCAAAGCGCUGCAGGCCCAAACAGAGAGACAAGCCGGCUUAUCUUCACCUCACACCAGAGCCCAGCUGGGUGCCAGCAGAGCCCAGCUGGGUGCCAGCAGAGCCCGGCGCCGGAAACCACAAGCCGCACCAUGCAGAGCUGGGAGUCGGCUGA